CAUGGCAACAAACUAAGAUGAUUCAUAUUUAAAAGUCACUAGAAAUUUACUCUCAAAUAGACGAGUUUUUUUCGCCAAAUUAUUCUUUAUUAAUUAAAAUGGCUCGUUGUCCUGGUCUCCCGUUUCUUCCAGGAUUUACGUUUAAUCCACUAAUUGGAAAAACGAAAUUUAAUAUAGACCCAAAAUUCGACUUCAUAGAAAAGGGGGUGGGCGCACUAUGUGAAAGGGUAAAGCCGAACAUGUUAGGUAAUCUAACUGACCGAUACCCUUCGCUGUAUCCACGUGGCGAGGUACCCGAAAUACCCUCGUGGAUUGGGUUCGAUAAACAGAUAUUGCGCUUUUACGCAUUUUUUCGAGAAACAUUACAAGAGCACAGGUGCGCCCCAUUUCAAAUACGCAAGGUGGUCAUUUACUUCUUUUUGGAAGACGGCACCAUACAAGUGAUGGAGCCGAAGAUUGAUAACAGCGGCAUAUCUCAAGGUACUUUACUGGCGCGCGCGAGGGUGCGCUUUCCGGCUCCGAUGAAUGCGAAUUUUUACGACGUUAUGGAUUUGAACGUCGGAAAUGAAGUUGAAUUCUACGGGCGAGUUUACAAAAUUACGGACUGUGACAAGUUCACUAGAAACUUUCUAAACCGUUGCGGCAUCGCCGUUCCCGAUCCGAUAAAUGUUCCAGAGGAUCCCUAUUAUAAAAGUCGCGCGUAUGACAUCGAAACGCGACUGCCAAAGAAACCGAGCAGAAAGAUAGACACGCUAGGAAAAUUCUUGGAGAACGAUCGUAAAGUGUUACGAUUCUAUGGAUAUUGGGACGAUCAAGAAACUCAGUAUGGGUAUCUUCAUCAUUUGGAAGUGCUCUACUAUCUGUCGGAUGACACAAUUGAUAUCAAAGAGGUGGUUGUAGAUAACGGGGGGCAUAAGUCUAGUUCUGUCUUUUUCCGAAGAGAUAAACUUGUCAAGAAGUACACUGGGUUACCUAGACCUGGUGAUCACUGUCAUUUAACCUUGCUGAAUGUGUUAGGCAAUGAUAUAAAAUCAAGCCGAUACGUGGUGGACAGUUUGGACUGUGGCAAGGAACACCGAGACUACUACUUGGAGCAAGACUUGACUAUAGGUGGAAUGAUAAACGUUUACGGUAGAAAAGUGGUGCUUACCGACUGUGAUUCUUACACCAAAGAGUAUUACCGGGCCAAAUAUGGGCUGGAUAGUUUCGUGCCGAUACCGAAACCUUUAGAUUCGCAAAUGGGAAUACCGACACCGCAGGAACGCGAGCUACCCCCAUGGAAUGGUUAUGGAAGUUUUGAAGACUCGGCUCAAAAUUGCAUCACAGUAGAGCCGAAGGCACCCCAUGGAGAUUUUAAAAAGUUUCUCAAAUUCGAUAAAAACGGAUUGGACAGCCACGUCCUACGAUUUGAGGGAAGAUUGAUAUCUUCAAUUGACGAAAAUUGCGGACGAAUUUUUGUAAUUAGCUAUUUCUUGUCCAACGAUACCAUUGCGGUUUUCGAAUUGGCUAGGGCCAACUCGGGCUUUAAAACUAGCCCAUUUUUUAAACGAGGAGAAAUUAAAUUGCCGGGUCAAGCUGUGUUUACAAGUAAACCGCCCGAAUGUUACCGCACUCAGCACAUUUUUGUUGGUGCGACGUUAGUAAUUAACAGUUUCAAAUUUGUGUUAGUAGACGCAGAUGACUAUGCCUUGCGAUAUAUGGAACUGAAUUGUCACGAGUUCCCAAAAUCUAAUAUUAAACUAAUAAUGGAUAAGAUACGCAAAGUUGUUCGACCAACGUACAAGGAUUUCGUAGCCGAAAAUAUACCUACCGAAACACCGGUGAUAACCUACGAAAAGCUGAGAAACAAACUCUGUCGACUUAUGGGAAGCGAUUUUACAGAACAGGAGAUGAUAACAGUAUCGCGUGCAUUCUCUGCAAACUGCGUAGAAGAAAAAUUUAAUCGAGACGCAAUACGCGCAAUCACGUUGACCGAGUUGAAACGUUUUCUCUGGGACGACUUGAAACGGUUGAGGGAAUACUUGAUUAAGUUCGAUCACCAAAAAAAGGGAACACUGCCCCGACAGGAAGUUUACAAGCUAUUACGAGCUUGCAGGUUGCCUGUUGAUAUAACUUUGCUCAAUCGAAUUUUAGACGUCAUAGUCAAAGACCAACAUGGAAAUUUAAUCUACGAUGACCUGCUAAAAUUCUUAAAUCGUGAUCUAUGUGCAAUGGCUGAUACUAUUCCCAUCAAUAUUAAGUAUGAACUUUACUGGACAUCAGAUAGAGAUGUUAAGGCUGGCACUCUAAUCAAUUGGUGCGAAUUUAAUAAAUCUUUAGAUUUAGAGAAGGAAAUAGUCGAUGCUAGUGGGCCUUUUGUUGAAGAGGGGCAAUAAAAAAAAUCCAAUCAGUACUUAUCCUGUAACAUCUACCCACUCUACUGUAUGUGCUAAUUAUUUUUUUAUUUUUGUGGAAAAUAAAUGACAUACAAAGA